AUUGUAAAUAUCAAUCGUUGGUUUCAUAUUAAUCUUACAGUAAAUAUAAAAAAUUGGAUUAUCGGGAUGAAAGAAAUGUUCUUGAUUAUUUUUACCUGUGUAAUGUUUAUGAUGGUGUUGGGAGGUCAUCCCAACGACACACUUUUUACACAUUAUUGCGAGAUUUUGAACAAAAACCAUAGGAGUUAUUAUCAUAUUAUAUAUAGAAGAAGACCAAAAUCAUGUCCCGCAUACACACAAACAUCCAUACAAAAAAAUCUCCGGUAUUUGGAUGUUGAUAAGUUCUCCUCCUGUUUGCAGAAGACAUUCUCUAAUCAAGUUAAAACUGCGUUUUAUGAUUGUGUACACGCAAUCGCGGUUAAUAUACGCUAUCCAAAGGAAAUACAAUAUUUUUUUUGUAAUCAAGCCACAAAACAGCAAAUUAAAGACUUUGAAGAGUGUUUACAUAUGAAAUUAACUUAUAGACAGAUGGAUAUAUAUAAUAAUAAAUUUGCGAAACUUUAUUUAUAUUUUACAGAAAUGUUUGGAAAUACCAUAUUAAACAUCAUUGCAAAAGACGAAAGCAGAAGAAAUCCUCGGACUUUUUUCGAAUUAUAUCCAUUGUAUCAAUAAAAUUUGAUAUAUUUUUCUACAUUUUUAUUCCAUUGUUAAAUGAUUUAAAAUUCUAAUGUAAUGAAAUCAUUCUAAAGUAUAUAAA